AUGUCAGCAAAAAGUUCAAAGAAACGUCCAAAAAUACGCUUGUUCGACGAUUUUUCAUCAAAUUCGCCAUCUGAAGCAGAUUUAGAUCCCUUCGAGGAUAAUGACGGUGAUUAUGGUUCUGACACGAACUAUGAACCACAAAAUAUAGAAGAAACUGGUGCAUCCAGUUCAUCAGAGGAAAUAUUUUCUAUAAGACCUCGUCGAAUUAUAUCUGGAGGCCCUGUGGCUUCAUCGGAUUCAAGUAAGUCUGAUAUCUCAAUUAGAAGUUCAGAUUCUGAUCAGGACGAUAGAACUAUCGAAAAUGCUGAACCGAUUUCCGAAUCAGUAGACGACUUACCAUCCCUUCUUAUACCUCAACAUGACAAUGAUAUAGAUUCAGAACCAGUGCAAAAUCGGAUAAGAUCUCCUGUACCAGAGGAGAUACCGUGGUUACAUAGCACAGAAGAAAUACCUGAUUUUGAAUUCGAUGUCGAGUCAUAUGGCAUUCAGUUUGACGUUACCUCUCAGACUAGCAUUGAACAAAUUUUCGAUCACGUGUUUCCAAAAGAGUUACUCGAGUACCUGGUCCAGUGUACUAAUAAUUAUGGUACAGCUUUGUGUCAGUCAAACAAACCGUCAACCCGAUAUUCCCGGUCUCAAAAUUUUCGAAAUACUACGACUGUAGAGAUGAAAAAGUUUCUUGGACUUUCGUUAUUACAUGGACAUAUUCGCACUCCUAAACAACAAAAACUAUUUACUUAUGAUGAUCCACUAUAUUAUCAUCCUGUGUUCUCAUAUACAAUGUCUUCGCGGCGAUAUGAACAGAUACUUCGAUGUAUAUGUUGUUCAGAACUGGAUGCAAAAGGCGCAGAAAAGAUUAACAAAUUUGUUGAUUUGUUGACAUUGAAUUUUAGAAAGAUAUACAAACCUGAUAAAGAGCUUAGUUUAGACGAAUCUUUACUAUUGUAUCGAGGCCGACUUCACUUUCGGCAGUACAUAAAGUCCAAAAAAGCAAGAUAUGGGAUUAAAUUCUAUGUCUUGGCAACGGCUGAUGGUUAUGUUCUUAAUAUAAUAAUGUAUAGCGGAAAAGACGAGAAUACCCAAUUGAGAGGUGUAACGAAGCUUGAACGGUUGGUAAUGCGAUUGAUGAGACCGUUUUUAUUGAAAGGACAUCACCUCUUCAUGGAUAAUUACUACAAUUCGGUCACUCUUUCUCAGAAACUUUUUGAUUUGAAAACCCAUACAAAUGGUACUCUUCGUGUUAAUAGAAAAGAUAAUCCAAAGGAAGUAGUGGACAGAAAAUUAAAAAAAGGUGAUCAUGUUUGGGUAAGGAAAAAUAAAGUGUAUGUUAGCAAAUGGGUUGAUAAGCGACCAGUGAUUAUGUUGACCACUAGAGAACACCCCCGUAUUAUAGAAACAACAAACAGGUUUGGGAAAAUAGUUAAGAAGCCUAUUGAAGUAGCAACAUAUAAUAAAUACAUGUCCGGUGUAGAUAGGUCUGACCAGAUGAUAAGUUACUAUUCUUCGCCGAGGAAAACUAUACGCUGGUACAAAAAAGUACUUUUUCAUCUUUUGGAUACCGCUGUAUGGAAUUCCUAUUACUUAUACAAGAAAUUUGUACUGAAAAACCCAAAAUAUGAGUUAUCUUCAUAUCGGGAGGAGUUAAUAAAAAAAUUAAUAGAUUUGAAAGAAAACUGUAAGGGUAAAGAUUUAGUAUUAGAUUUAAAAAAACACAAUAGCAGAAAACACAAUAACCCCCAAAAGAACAUAUUUGCAGAUCAAGAACGAAAAUUUUGGGGUCAUUGGCCCAAACGCCAACCUGCACCUGAAAAUUCUAAGAAAAAAUACUCAUUUCUGAUGUGUAAAAUGUGUUCCAAGAAUAAGAAGAGGGUCGAAACUAGCUACAGGUGCAUUGGUUGUCCAGGACUUCCUCCAUUAUGUCCUGAAUGUUUCCAGGAUUAUCACCAAAUCCUUGAACAGCAAGAACAAUAA